UAAAAUCCUUUUAAGUUUAAGGAAAAUAAAUUAAUUUUCGGUUUUUCCUAUCUUUUGAAAUCCCGUAGCUGCAAGUCGUGAAGUGCUUUAAAUUGAAAGCUUCAUAAGGAAAGAUUUAAAUUGUGAAAAGUUUUUUGAAAAGCAGUCAAGUUGGGUAAUAAGGCAGGAAAGUCAACUGAACCAGCCGCUGGUGAAGCAGCGCCUAUGGAUAACUCUGUAUCUCCUUUACCGGAACCAGAAGCACCAUUAGCUAUGAUGGAAAUCGAAAAAACUCCAAUUUCCACACCAAUGCAUGAUAUGCCACCGCCUCCGGAUGAAAAGCGUUACGAUGAAGACGUUAAGUCAACAUGGCAAUGUGGAUCAUGGUGCGAAUACAUCUUCGUGGUUGUUGUUUCAUCGAUUUUACUGCUUGCCGCUAUCGUCUUAACCGUUUUUUGGAUCAUCUACUACAGAAACGGAUACAGUCUUGAGGAUAAUAAGUUGUUGUUUAACUUCCAUCCAACUCUCAUGAUUGGCGGAUAUAUCUUUCUAUCUGGAUUUGCUAUACUUCUCUAUCGUAUUUGUCGUUGCUGCUCUCACUUGAUUGUCAAGUUGUGUCACGUAUUUUUCCAUGCUUGCUCCAUUCCAUGCAUUGUCAUCGGAUUUUUGGCGGUUUGGGAAUCAAAGAAUCAACACGAUACGACACAUUUCUAUUCAUUACAUUCCUGGUUGGGUCUCAUUACAUGUGGACUCUUUGUAUUCCAAUUCGUCCUAGGAUUCUUCAGUUUUCUCAUCUUGCUGUGCUGUGACAAUGCAACACAAAAGUUCCGCUCAACGAUGAUCCCAAUUCAUGCUAGCUUAGGUGUUGCAACAUUUAUGUUGGCCAUUGGCGCAGCUGUAACUGGAUUAACUGAGAAGGCACUUAAAGAUUUGGGUGAAGAGAAAUACUCUGGAAAGGAAAAUGGAACGUUCAAAGGAUUCGAUGAAGAAGGAAUCAUCAUCAACACCAUUGCAGUUAUCUUGAUUGGAUUAGGAAUUCUUGUUCCAUUUGCUGUUCGUCGAACUAACUCACCAGCCAGCUUUAAGGUGUACGUUACAGACCGCAUAUGAGAAAACGCCAACAAGGUUGAAAUGGUGAGGGAAGUUACUGAAAUAACUGUCACCGAACCAGAAGCAACCGACGUUGAAAAAUAUUAAAAUACAAUUGAUCGAUAAAAACAAACAUGAUGAUAUUAAAUCGGAUGAUACAUGAAUUCUUGUUAGAUGCAAGAAUGAUUUUUAAAUAGAUUUGGACAGGGCAAAUACGUAGAAUCAUCUUUAGAUAAGGUCAGAUACAGAUGUAAGAAUAAAUAUUGUGUAGACAGAAAUUUUUCAUUUUUACGGGGAAUUCGAGGUUGUCAACGACGUGAAUAAAUAUUUUAUGAUGAUGUGCUAAGAUCUUUGAAAGGUUUUCUAGGCGAAAUGUUAUUGAACGACGAAUUCUUCAAUUAUCCCCCUAAAAUUUCAAAGAAAAUUCAAAAAAAUAUUCUUCAGUUCAGUCAUUGAUAAAGAAAGGAAAAUUUGCUAAAAUAUCGACACAUUUAGAAUUAAAAAUCUUUCAUGGAAGUAGAUAAAAUUCAAGCAUUGCCAAAAUAAUAUAGGAGAAAAAUUUAGAUCAAAACAUUUGAAAUCGCGAAACAAUUUAAAAAAGCAAGUAGGAAAAAGUUUUGUUUCUUCAAAGUCUGAACAUCAUCAAUUGAAGUUUUUCCUUAUUUUUCCAAAUUUUCUUUUCAUUUCUUCGUAUUGGAGUUAAAGUUUAAAACUUAAUCAUCAGCAUGCGAUAAUUAUAGAGAAAAUGAUGAAAACCAAACCAAAAGUGAUUUUUAUGUCGUUCGUUUUUUGGCUCAUAAAUAUUUAAAUAUAUGGAACCAAUUUUAUAACAAAACUAAUAUUUAAAUACAUUUUAUAGUGCAAAAAUGAAAAAGUAAAAGAAGAACUAAGAAUUUUUUUAAAAAACAUUUUCUUGACACAUCCGCAGCCAACCAGAAUCAUUUAUCAGUUUAUCAGUUCAUCAUGUUUUAUCUAACAAAUCAUCAAUGAAAAAUAAUAUUUUCUAAUUAUAAAAGUGAGAUGAAUAAGCAUGUGACGUAGUUUAAACAAAUUUUACGUAAGAAUUGCUUUAGUUUGAUGAACUUUUUUCAAGAGAAAGAAAAACUCCAAAAUUAUUAUUAAAUUAAUUAAAUAUCUAAUAUAAAAUUUUAAAACAAAAUUAAAAAGAUGAAAAACGAUUUGCGAUAUGCUUGGAUUUUCUGAGGCUUAUCAAGUCAAUGCAUGUGAGAGACAAAAAAAGUAAAUUAAUUUUCACUUUUAUGCUAAUUACAUCGCACUUUCGAGGCUUCUGUGGGACUCUAAAAUAUCGCAGAUCAUUAGGCUUUCAAUAAGACGAUGAAUUAAAAGAAAAUAUUAAAAUUAAUAAUCUUUAAAUGUAGUUGAAGUAGAUUUAUAGAGCGACACACAAGCAGUUACUCCAGCAUUUUACAUUUAAAUAAUAAAAAAGAAAACAGACAAGAAGAAUUUUCAUACAGAAAUUAUCGUUAGAUAUUCAUAAAAUGUGUUAAAAUAAGAAAUGCCAAAUUGCAAAAAUAUGUAAGUAAAUAUUUUUCUUUUGCGGAGGCGUUCAUAAAUUUAACGGAUCAAAGUUUCUUUUCUCAACAGGAUGAGAUAAUUUAUGGACGCUUCCGGUUUCUUCGAAAACAAACGUUAUGUCGAGCAGUGUUGGCAUCUGAAAGUUAAUGGGAAAUAUUCAUGCACCAGUUUUUUUAUAUUGAUAACUUACAACAUUUUCCGCAACCUAAUCGGCUUUCAUUCCAAAUAUUUUCUUUCAAAUCAAGCUUUUCAAAAUUUUUAAAACUCAUUCAUCAGAAUCCAUAAACAUGAAACAAGACAAAUUUUUUUACAAUGAAGGAAAAUACCACCGGAAAUUUUAAUUAAACUUUUUGUACAAGAAUGGAAGAAAAUUUAUAAAUAAAUAACAACAAAAACUAUGUUUGGCUCCAGAACGAACCAUGUUACAUGAUUACAUGAAUAAUCGAAGUAAUUAUUGUGUGGAUUCUUGUUUGAAAUGAUAAUUUUUCUACCAGAAUUAACUUUAAACGUAAGAAGAAUAAAAAUAAAAGGAAAAGUGUUUUAAUAAAUGUGUUCAAAAACAUGAAAUAAUUAAAAAGAAAUAGACGGAAAACAUCAAACAUAAACAUUUGAGCGAAGAUAUUUACUGUAUAACUUUGUAGGUGAAAAUAAACUUUUCCAUCUCUUCCAUCCCCUCCCUCCCGUUCCAUUCUUCAAGUAUUCAGAACCAUCAAUUACAAAUACAUAAAAAAGACAUUAAAUAUAAAUCGAAACUUUAUGUUCUGUAACUGUCACAUAGAAUAUUCAUUAAACAUUAAACAUUCUCAAGAGUAACGAUUUGAAAAUAUUUUUAUUGCGAUUAUUUUUCUUUAUUUAUCUUUCAAGAUUGUGUAAGAAACAAAAAGAAAAAAAAAUAUAAACGAAGAAAAACGAAAAACCUGAUUUAAAGAAGAUAUUUAAAACAUAAAAAUUAUUUAGCAUAACAUUAUUGUACAAUUUUGUUGAUGAUUUUAAUUAUAUUAAUGGUUAAAAUAAUAUAGUGAAAACAUUUCAUAACGAAACUUUUUGAAAUCCUGUCAUUUAUCAUAAAUAAAAAAAUAUUUAAUAAAGUUCUUAACUCAAACGUGUUAUUUCUUUUAUUUUAGCUUGCUGAAACUUUUCUCAAUCUUCUUGCUUUUCCACGUGACAGCAAUGUCAUGUUAUAUCCUACA